GGUCGUCGCGCUCGCUUGCUUGCUCGCUUGCAGUCGCUGCCCGGCGGGCGCCGCCUGGGUAGGGCUGGCCGAGCCGGGACCGGGAUGGGGCUCUGCUUGCCUUGCCUGGGGGGAGCGGCUGACGACGUCGUGGAGACGCCGGACCCGGAAAUGAAGAGGAGACAACUUGCCGAAGCUGCAGAAAAAAGGCAAAUGGAGGCCUCCUCUCGAGGUAUUAAGAAUCUAUCUUCUGUUGAACAAAAGAAGAGGAGGCAGGAGGAAAUGGAAAAACGCCUUGAUUCAGCAGCGACUGGACCAGAAGGAGGCGGGCUUAGAUGGCAAGUUGGAUAACUCUGGUGCAGCUCCGGAUGGGAAGGACAGGAUGAAUGUUCUACUGCCAAUAACUUGCCAGUUCCUGCAGCUGAAUGACACUUGUCCAGUGUGUUUGGCUUUUGCUGUUGUUUGCCUCUGGAGACUCAGCAGUACUUCGCCAUCUUGGCAGGGCAGACGGGAAAAUGUGCACGAAGGAUCCUUUUUUCAAACCAAAACCUCACAAUGUACAGCAGAGAUGGCCAAAACCAGUUGUUUACCAGUUACGCCGCCAUAUUGUGUAACAUUGCAUGUCUUAACAUAUUGGGGGGCGGGGGGGCCGGCAGAUUGUGGAAGAGGCACUUACAAUGAUAAAUGAAAAGUUCAUAGCUUGAUUGUUCUGAAGAUAAUCCUGCUUUUAGUAAUUUCCCUCGAUGCCCAACUGUGUCUUUUGUCUGUGUCAUGCUUAUAGAAUUGAAGCCACAAACUCAGCCCCGUUACUCAGAACUAAACUGGGCCGAAGUCAGUAGGCUUCCCUGAGAGUAAACGUUUUGAAGGUGGAAGUUUUUGUGCCUUCGAGGUUGAAUUUACAUGUUUUAGGAGAAUUGUCACCAUCAAGUGAGAACUGCCUGUUCUUGCUUAUUUGUUCUUUGACAUGCCACCACUGUGGAAGAAUUAAAAUACAGUCAUGUGAAAGGGAUUGUAAUUUGUACAAUAGAGACUAAUCCACAGCCGUGCUUCUCAUACACCACACAAGGCUAUAUUUGUAAGAAUAAAGGCGUCCUGAAAGCAAUUGCUACUUUGUGGUGAGAUUUCUCUCUAAAAAAUGAACAUGUAGACUAAAUCUGAUAAAUCCUGGAGAAUAGUUGGGUUUUCUGCAAAUCCAUAGUUACUAAAAUUGCUUCAAAUCAUUAUGGUCCGUAUGUACUUAUGCCAAGAUAAAUGCAUUUGUAUGGUUUAUUCCCUUCAUCUUUUGGAUUUUCCUAUUUGUGAUAUUUGGAGCGUCAUGAUUAUUGCAAAUUAAAAAUACAACUAAGCUAAUAAGGGCUCACCUGAGUGCCAUUCGUAUGCAUCUCAUUCUGUAAUGUAAAUGACCCAGCCAUUUGAAGUGACUAAUGGCUCAUGUGUUUAUCAAUACAUUUGGUAAACUGUCUUUCAGAACAGCCGAGUUCUUGGAAAUAACGAGGGAAGGGUUAUAAGUUUACACUCCAAAAAAACAGAUAGACAAUUUUCUCUUUACAAGAACCAGAUAGUUUUGUAUGUGUGUAUCCAGGGGUCAUUUCGUAGAAAAAGAGGUGCAGGAGCUC